AACACUUUCAUCUCCUUCGUGUUCCCCAUGGUGGUCAUCUCUGUGCUCAACACCAUCAUCGCCAACCAGCUCCUGGUCAUGUUCAGGCAGGCUGCCCAGGAGAGCCAGGUCUGCACCAUCGGCGGGCAGCAGACCAUGCUCAGCAUGUCCAUGGAGCCAGGUCGGGUGCAAGCCCUGAAGCACGGCGUGAGGGUCCUGCGUGCUGUGGUGAUUGCCUUCGUGGUCUGUUGGCUCCCUUAUCACAUACGGCGUCUCAUGUUUUGCUACGUCCCCUCCAGUCACUGGACAGAUUUCCUUUAUAAUUUCUACCACUACUUCUACAUGCUGACAAACGUCCUCUUCUACGUCAGCUCAGCCAUCAACCCCAUCCUCUACAACCUGGUGUCUGCAAACUUCCGACAGAUCUUCCUCUCUACACUCACACUCCUGUGCCUGCCAUGGAGGAAGAAGAAGAAACGACUGGCCUUCACCAGGAAAUCCAACAGCAUCUCCAGCAACCACACAUUUUCCAGCCAGGUCACAAGGGAAACCACAUACUGAAGCCAAAGGAGCAAGGGAAACGCAUCUCCUUGUGCAGCUGAAACUUGAGAGAGGCCUCUGUGACUUUCAUGCAUGGUCUCCAAAUUCACGUAACACAAAUGUGUUUAGCAAAGUCAUUUUUGUUGGAAAAAUAGGCUU